GUGUUUAUAUCGCAACUGAUGCUUGUCUAAGCGUUUGGCCAAGCUUAAUUUUCUCAGUCAAGCAGCCAAGUUUUCUGCUUUUUUUUCCGCACCAUUUAUAUUGUCUUGACGCGCCGAACUUUCACAAUGAACUCCAGUAUGCCAACGACAGGGGCCGUGUCCGUGUUGUAUCUGUUAUUUUGCGGGCAUUUGCUGGUGUGUGACGCGUGGGGAACAGUUGCCGGGGGAGUGGGACUGGGCAUCCUGACUGCGUUAUCCGGAAGCGGCAGUGGAAACGGAGGCGGUGGAGGAGGAUCCAACACCAACAUCGCCCAUGGCGGGUUCGGGCAGGGAGGUCAAGGAGGCAGCGUCUACAUCGAUAUGAGCGGCCGCUCUUCAAGCGGCAGCAGCGGCUUUGACCGGCGCAGCCAUGGCCGGAGGAAGCGUGCCGCAUGCCGGGGCUUCCUCAGCCACUGUACCUCCAAUGCGCAGUGCUGCAGCCGCCGCUGUGGGACCCUGUCAAACCGGAACAACCCGGUAGCCGACCUUCGCGUCGGUCGGGUUACCUGAAGCAGUGCCGGCAUUUUAUUCUUGGAAUUGAUUUUUCACAUGUUCUUCCGAUUCACAUAUCUGUGAUCUGGAUAAUAGCGUGC